AUGACCAGAGAAAUGGAUUCCACAGAGAAAUUGAUUCAAAAAAUCUCAAAAAUCCUGGAUGAAACUAAAACAUCAAAUGCCACGCACACUAGAAAGCUAAAAGAUCUGUCUUUACUCUUAUUUUCCAAAAAAUCCCCAAAUCAGAGUCAACAAAUCCCUACUUCUUCUCAAUUCACUUCCGCUUUUUGCAAAUCCCUAACUCCCAUUUUUCUCUUCCAACGUCGUUUUGCCUCUGCUGAGCGUGUUGUUAAGUUUGUCUCUGUCUUUGCUGUCUCCACGAUGGCGCAUGAUGGGAAGGAGAAUGAGGGUGUGGGUGCUGCUGGUGAUGGGUUUUUAGAGGAGUUUCUUAGGUUUUUAAUGACUUCGAGUUUGGCUGCUAACAAGAGUGUUAGGUUUCGAGCUUGUCAAAUCAUCUCUGAGAUUAUAUUGAGAUUGCCAGACGAUGCAGAAGUAAGUGAUGCGCUCUGGGACGAGGUUAUAGAAUUCAUGAAGUUAAGAGUUGGAGACAAAGUUCCAGCUAUUCGCACAUUUGCAGUUAGAGCUCUUUCACGCUUUGCAAAUGAUACUGAGAAUAGUGAUAUUCUUGAUUUGUUUCUUGAAGUGCUUCCCUUGGAGCAGAAUGCAGAGGUUCGUAAGACAAUUGUAUUAGCUUUGCCACCUUCCAACGCAACCUCACCAGCAAUCAUUGAUUGCACCCUCGAUGUGAGUGAGUCAGUCCGCAAAGCUGCAUACUGCGUUCUAGCUAAUAAAUUUCCUCUUCAAAGUCUCAGCAUAAAGCUGAGGACAGUAAUUCUACAGAGAGGACUUGCUGAUCGUUCUGAAGCCGUUUCAAAAGAAUGCUUAAAGUUGAUGAGAGAUGAGUGGCUUUCUAAGUGCUGUAAUGAUGAUCCCAUAGAACUUCUCAAGUAUCUGGAUGUUGAAACCUAUGAAUUGGUUGGGGAAUCUGUGAUGGAGGCUCUAUUAAAAGAUGGAUUAAUAAAAUUACAUGGCGAUCAGAGUAUCCGCCAAUACAUACUAUCGACCUUUGGUGAAAAUGGAGAGGAACCUGAAUACUGCUCCGUGAGAAUCCAGCUAAUGGAACCAGAGUUUGCUCUUUAUUGGAAGACUGAGUUCUCAGAAGAUACCAGCACCCUUAAAGGCUGUGGUUAUUCAUUGGAACCCCUACUUGAUGUUUAUGGAGAAAGAUUUCUUGUCGAAGAAGACAUCUCAACUCCCAUCAUAAUAUUGUUGUGGGUGUCUGCUGAUCCCAAUAGUCUCUUAGAAUGGUUGGGAAUGGUAAAGGGCUCUGAUGCUGCAACCACAAUGGGCACUGAAGCUGCAGUGUAUGCAGCUGAAGCUUCAGACAACAAUGACCUUCUCGAGAGGAUUCUUCCUGCAACAGUUUCAGAUUAUGUAGUUUUGGUCAAAGCUCAUAUAGAUGCUGGACCAAAUUAUCGCUUUGCAUCUCGGCAGCUACUAUUGCUUGGUGCAAUGCUUGAUUUUUCUGACUCUACAAGCAGGAAGGUUGCUAGUGCAUUUGUAAAAGACCUAUUGCACAGGCCUCUAGAUCAUGAAUUGGAUGAUGAAGGGAGCAAGGUUAUCAUAGGAGAUGGCAUAAACCUUGGUGGUGACAGAGAAUGGGCAGGUGCAGUAUCCAGUUUGGCAAAGAAAGUCCAUGCUGCUGCUGGUGAAUUCGAAGAAGUUUUUGUUGCAGUUGUAGAAGAACUUGCCAGACCCUGUAGGGAGAGAACAGCAGACUUCAUGCAGUGGUUGCACAGCCUUGCUGUUACUGGUCUUCUGUUGGAAAAUGCAAAAUCAUUCUACUGGCUUCAAGGGAAGGCUAUUGAACCUAUUGAAUUACUGCAAUCGUUACUGCUUCCUGGGGCGAAGCAUGUUCACUUGGAUGUGCAGAGGGUUGCUAUCAGGUGUCUUGGCCUUUUUGGCUUGUUAGAGAAAAAGCCAAGUGAAGAACUAUUGAAGCAGUUGAGGCUUUCUUUUGCUAAGGGCCCUGCUCCAGUUAGCAUAAUGGCUUGUAAGGCUUUAAUUGAUCUUGCCAUGUGGCAUGGUCCUCAGGAAGUUGACGAGGCGAUUGGAUUAGAUCAUUCAUCCAAAUUUCAGGAUGGCAAGAUGGCAUUUGAUUUUGUGGACUUUUCUGAUGCUGAUGAGAAUUUGAAUGUUGAAUUGCUUGACCUCUUAUAUGCUGGCUUUGAUAGAAAUGAUUGGGGAGAUGUUGAAACUGAAGAAAAUGAGACAGUGCAAGCUGCUCUUGGUGAAGGUUUCGCUAAGAUUCUUCUCCUUAGUGAGAAUUAUCCAAGCAUACCAACGGCUUUACGCCCUUUGCUAUUAGCUAAGCUCAUUAAAUUGUAUUUCAGCAAUGAAACAAAAGACCUGCAGAGGUUGAAACAAUGUUUAUCUGUGUUCUUUGAGCAUUACCCUUCACUCUCAGCAAAUCAUAAGGCAAGCCUCUGA